AUGGCAUUUAAGUAAAUAAAAAAUAAAAAACAGAUUUUUCCAGAGCAAAAUGAAACAACGUACACAUCCACCCUACUGAAAACCCCAACGUCCCACCCCCCGACCCCAACCCCCAAAACUGCACAAAACGUUACAGAUUCCCCAUUUCUCUCCACGUACCAAACAGAAAACACCACCCACACGCACAGAUUCCCACCCACCACACUCUCUCUCUCCACUUUUCCCUUUUCUCUCUCUUCCUUCAGCUCCAAGCAACAAUGGCCGCCGCCAUGGAAAUCGACUCCAUCAACACCAAGGACAACAACAAGGAGCCAGAUGAGAACGAAGACGUUUCGCCGAUCGAGGAGGUCCGGCUAACCGUCUCCAACGAAGACGACCCGACUCUUCCCGUUUGGACUUUCCGGAUGUGGUCUUUGGGCUUGAUUUCGUGCGUGCUCCUCUCGUUCCUCAACACUUUCUUCUCCUACCGAACGGAGCCGCUAUUGAUUUCGAUGAUUUCGGUUCAGGUGGCGACGCUUCCGCUUGGGAGGUUCAUGGCUAGGGUUUUGCCGACGAGGAAGUUUAGGGUUCAUGGAUUGGGCGAAUUCUCGCUCAAUCCAGGUCCGUUCAACAUGAAAGAGCACGUCCUCAUCUCGAUUUUCGCGAAUGCAGGAUCGGCGUUCGGCAACGGUGCUGCGUAUGCCGUCGGCAUUGUCGAUAUCAUCAUCGCAUUUUAUCGCCGGAAGAUCUCGUUCUUGGCCAGUUGGAUUCUCGUCGUUACAACUCAGGUAUUGGGUUACGGAUGGGCUGGAAUUCUGAGGAAGUACUUGGUGGAUUCGCCUCAGAUGUGGUGGCCCAGCAGUCUAGUUCAGGUCUCUCUAUUCAGGGCUUUGCAUGAGAAUGACAAAAACCGAAUGUCCCGAGGGAAAUUCUUCUUGAUUGCACUAAUUUGCAGCUUUUCAUGGUACGUUGUUCCCGGCUACCUUUUCCCAACUUUAUCAACCAUUUCAUGGGUCUGCUGGAUAUUUCCCAACUCAAUCACCGCCCAGCAGCUUGGAUCCGGCAUGCAAGGACUGGGUCUCGGUGCUUUGGCUCUAGACUGGUCGGUCAUUGCAUCGUACCUCGGUAGCCCUCUGAUCAGUCCCUUCUUUGCAAUUGCCAAUGUUGCUGUUGGGUAUUUCCUGUUCAUGUAUGCCAUUCUACCAUUUGUCUACUGGGGCGUCAACCUUUACAAUGCCAAGAAUUUCCCAAUCUUUUCCUCUCACUUAUUCAAUGCACAGGGUCAGAUUUAUAAUGUCUCAGCCAUUGUCAAUAACCAAUUUGAAAUCGACUUGGAUGCAUAUAAGAGGCAAGGUCGCAUUAAUCUCAGUGUUUUCUUUUCUUUCACUUAUGGAAUUGGUUUUGCUGGCAUUAUUUCCACGCUCACUCAUGUGGCCCUGUUCAACGGAAGCGAGAUACGUCAAAGAUUUCGAGCAUCUUACGAAGGAAAGGAAGAUAUACACACAAAAUUAAUGAGGAAAUAUAAGAACAUACCAAACUGGUGGUUUCAUCUGAUGCUUGUGUUGUCCCUAAUACUGUCUCUGGCACUUUGCAUCUUCAUGAAAGAUGAGGUCCAAAUGCCAUGGUGGGGACUCAUUUUUGCUGCAGGCCUUGCUUUAAUAUUCACCCUUCCUAUUAGCGUUAUUACUGCCACAACAAAUCAGACACCAGGGCUAAACGUCAUAACGGAAUACAUAAUGGGUAUAAUAUUACCUGGGAAACCAAUAGCCAAUGUGUGCUUCAAGACGUAUGGGUACAUGAGCAUGUCACAAGCUAUUUCAUUUCUCAAUGAUUUCAAGCUUGGCCAUUAUAUGAAGAUUCCACCCAGGUCAAUGUUCGUAGUUCAGUUCAUUGGAACUAUAAUAGCCGGAACAGUCAACUUAGGAGUGGCAUGGUGGCUACUUCACACGGUGGAAAACAUAUGCCAAGACCAGCUGCUCCCACCAAACAGUCCCUGGACAUGUCCUGGCGACCGUGUCUUCUUCGACGCAUCAGUCAUCUGGGGUCUCGUCGGACCUCAACGGAUCUUCGGCAACCUUGGAAACUACCCGGCACUCAACUGGUUCUUCCUCGGCGGAGCUAUUGGACCCUUUUUGAUUUGGCUCCUGCACAAGGCUUUUCCCAAUCAGCAUUGGAUCCCACUUAUCAACCUUCCAGUACUUCUGGGAUCGACGGCUGCGAUGCCGCCUGCAACUUCGGUGAACUUCAACUGCUGGAUCAUUAUGGGAACAAUCUUCAACUUCUUCAUUUUUAGGUACCGAAAGAGGUGGUGGCAGAGGUACAAUUAUGUGCUUUCGGCUGCUUUGGAUGCUGGUUUGGCGUUCAUGGGGGUGCUUCUGUAUUUCUCACUGACAAUGGAGAAUAGAAGCUUGGAAUGGUGGGGUGCGGAUGGUGAGCAUUGCCCAUUGGCUAAAUGUCCCACAGCCAAAGGCAUUGUUGUUGAUGGCUGUCCUGUGAAUUAAUGGUGAAAACUUGCCAGGUUGAAUUUGGUAAAUAAAGUUUAUUUAGCAUUUUCAAUUCUGAAAUGUUUCUUACAUUGGAAAUUUAAAAGGAAAAAAAAAAAAAAAAGAGCUUUUUUUGGCAUUAUCAUGGCUAUUGCAACUUUUUUUAACUUGCACAUAAAGUGAAUGUAAGAACUGUGUUCUUGAAUAGUAAUUGAAGCGAGGAUGU